CACUUGCUUCCAAGAGUUCAACUUCUGAUAUUUGAACAUGAAGAACCUUGCAACAUCUCUUCACAUUUGUCUCUUUCUUGUUAUUGGCUUCGCCUUCCUUUCGUCUCCUUCUCAUGCGAACUCGUGUAACGGCCCCUGCCAAACACUGGAUGAUUGUGAUGGCCAAUUGAUUUGCAUAAACGGAAGGUGCGCUGACGACCCCCAGGUGGGCACGCACAUAUGCGGUAAUUCGCCUCAGUCUCCAUCUAGCGGCGGAUGUCAGCCUUCGGGCACUAUGUCUUGCGACGGACAAUCUUACCCUAAAUAUGAUUGCUCCCCGCCCGUGACAUCCUCGACCCGAGCCACCUUGACGAACAACGACUUCAGCAAAGGAGGUGAUGGAGGGGGCCCAUCGGAAUGUGAUGAUAGGUACCACGAGAAUUCCGAGCUAAUCGUUGCACUGUCGACCGGGUGGUAUGCUGGCGGGUCUCGGUGCGGCAAUAAGAUAAGUAUAACGUCCACGAAGACCGGGAGGAGCGUGAUGGCCAAAGUGGUCGAUGAAUGUGACUCGAGGAACGGGUGUGAUGAUGAGCAUGACUAUCAACCACCAUGCAGGAACGAUAUCGUUGAUGGGUCGGAUGCCGUGUGGCAUGCUUUGGGGUUGGACAUAAAUGUGGGUGAAGAGGACGUGGUCUGGUCCAUGGCAUAGUACAGUGUGUUUCUUUCUAAGCCCGUUCUAGCGGGAUUAGAAGAAUAAAUAAGAAGUCCGGCCAUUAAUAAACCUCGAUAUCAUGCAAUUGUGGUUGUCUCUGGGUAGCGCGGAAUGUAUCUAUACACAUUGACGGCCAUUUUUGUGUGGUUACUCUAUAUGUGAUUACACAUUCA